GGGAGGGGGGGAUUCCCAGGGUAUUGGGGUCAGGGUGGCAUUAGCCCGGCUCAAGCCGGGAUGGGCUGACUCAGCACCCUGCCUGCCAGGCCCCCGCCGUCCCUGACAGCCCUGCUCUCCAGGGGCAGAGAUGGGAGAUGGCGCCGGUGUUGCCCGUGUUGCUGCCCCUGCAGCCUCGUAUCCGUCUGGCGCAGGGGCUCUGGCUUCUUUCCUGGCUGCUGGCGCUGACCGGUGGCCUCACCAUCCUCUGUAGCGGGCACCUCCUGGUCCAGCUGUGGCACCUUGACACCUUCUUGGCUCCCUCCUGCCCGUUCACUGCCCUGCCGCGGCUUGCCCUGGCAGCCAGUGCGGUGGCUCUGGGCACAGGACUGGUGGCUGCAGGAGCCAGCAGGGCCAGCCUGGAUGCAGCUCAAUACCCUCCCUGGCGAAGGAUCCUGGGCCCGCUGCUGGGAGCUGGCGUUGCUGGGGGCGAGGGGCUCCUGGUCCUCGCCCUGGGGCUAACCCUGGCUUUACCUGGGAGCCUGGACAUGGGGCUAGAGGAGGGCCUGGGAACUGCCUUGGCUCACUACAAGGACACAGAGGUGCCCGGACACUGCCAUGCCAAACGGCUGGUGGAUGAGCUGCAGCUGAGGUACCACUGCUGCGGGCGCCACGGGUACAAGGAUUGGUUUGGGAUCCAGUGGAUCAGCAGCCGUUACCUGGAUCCCAAUGACCAGGAUGUAGUUGACCGGAUCCAGAGCAAUGUGGAAGGCCUGUAUCUGAUUGAUGGGGUCCCUUUCUCCUGCUGCAACCCCCACUCACCCAGACCUUGCCUGCAAAGCCAGCUCUCAGACCCUCACGCUCACCCACUCUUUGAUCCCCGCCAGCCCAACCUAAACCUCUGGAUCCAAGGAUGCCACAGGGUGCUGCUGGGACACCUGGAGAACUUGACGAGCACGCUUGGCAGCAUGCUGGCUGUCACCUUCCUGCUGCAGACUCUGGUGCUCCUGGGCCUGCGGUACCUGCAGACGGCCCUGGAGGGGCUUGGAGGAAUCAUCAAUGGGGAGGGAGAGACUCAGGGUUAUCUCUUUCCCAGUGGGCUAAAGGACAUGCUGACAACAGUGUGGCUACAGGGAGGGGGAGCCCAUAGGCCAGCACCUGAGGAGGUCCCACCAGAAGAGGCACCUCCUAAAGAGGGUCUACCUGAGACCUAAUGGCCUGGAGCUUGGGUGGGAAUUGGGAAGGAGGAAGGGGAGGGAAGGACAAGAUUGGAAACCCAACAACUCCUCACUGAGGUUCCAGGUGGAGGAGCAGGGCCCUUAGAUUAGAGGUGUUAAGCAUAGCCAGUGAACUGCACGGGGGUAGGAGAGAAACCACAUGUCCUAGGGCCUAGCCCCUGUGGCCAGAGCCACCAGGGAACAGAAGAAAACAGGGUGGCAGGAAAAUGACAUGGGAAAGCCUGGAGAUGGCUCCUGAUGCAUACUUAAUAAAGUAUUUGGACUGAAGCCCACUCAUCUUCUUCAAGGGGAUGGGGGCC